UUAUGAAGUUGAAGAUGCAGAUAGAGAUGAGGCCUCAAACAGACCUGGAGAACGAUUUUUGGUACCAUCAAAAAACGUGUUAAUAAUUCCAAAACCUGGUGAAAUGUGGAUGCCAGAGUUUCCACAAUCUUCAACAGUUAUAGCAUUGUAUCCGGGUACAACAUGCUUUUAUAAAGCUGAUGUAGUUCUUCCACCAAGUAAACUAUCAGUAUCUUUAAAAUAUUUACUUACUUUUGAAGACGAUGAUAAUGCCGAAAGAUACGUUGAUGCUCAUUAUGUUUUAGAUGUUCCUAAAGAAACAAAAUAA